ACGGAGAGGGGGAGUUCAGUCAGUGAAGAAAAUGGCGACCGUGCGAAUAACCGCGGCGCUCUUGGAACGCUGCAAGCACAUUUGAUUUUCCGUAGCCUUAUAAUCUGCGUUCACUGGGGCUUCGCUGCACUUUAGACCUUGGAGAUUUGGAUCCUUGAGCCACCAAAGAAGCUGAAGAGAAGCAAAACAGGGUAACCAUACAAGGGAAGGAAGACCCAGUUGAUGGAAGAUAGGACAGAGGUAAAGGAAGACACACUUGAAGAAGCUGGAUUGAAAAGUGCCAGAACAUAUUGGGUCCGUUUUGACCCGGACCCAGCGCCAGCCUGCGUAGCGGCUUCCCCUUUGCGCCCAACGCCACCAGCGAUGCCAACUGUGCUCCGCCCAGCUUCAAGCCCUGAGCCGAACCAAGCUUUUUGCCUCACCCCCCUCCCCCCACAGUUGAAACGCUGAUAGUCGCUGUUCCUGGGACCUGCCGACGCCCUGGGAACCCGGACACGGCUCACCUCCGGCCAGCUGGGGGCCACGCUGCAAGCCAACGAGGGCCCCCUCCACAGCCUUGCCAACUCCAUCCUGCCCACAAGCAUGGCACCCAUUCGAGACUCAGUCAGUCACUCUCCUAACCAGACAGAUCUGAGCCAUGGCAGCUUGGGUGCUCAGUACGAAAAUCCUUCUUGGAGUACUGGUUCUCCUGGGAGCGACUCUGACAUCCCCUGGUGUGAUGUUGUGCUGCAUGGCUGCGAAAGAGAGUCUUGGCCUGUGAUCCGCGAUGGCAACUUGGAAUUGACCUCUGAAUGCGUGGACGGUGACUCUGCCUCAAGCACAGGGUCUGAGAGGAACUUGCAUGGGACAGCCUCAGGGAGCUGCAGUGGUGGAGACGACUCUGGCAUCAGUGUGCAGAGCCACGGCCCCUCUACUUGUUUUGGCUUGGCUGGUGGCAGUGACCCUACCGGCAGCGGGAGCCUGAGAGGACCUUGGGGUGUAAGCCUGAGUCCAGCAGGAAGCACAUGUGAAGGGUCUUCAGAGAGCGACCUGGGCACACAGGCUAAUGAAGGACACAGCAAGGCGCUGCCGUGGGGCUCCACUGGCUCCUCAGCCAAUCGGGAUAUGAACCCCAGCACCUCGGCCCCAAACACCAGCCUCAGCACUUGGAGUGCAACACAAAGCAGCGGGCCCUUAGGCAAUUCGAAUGUGGCCUGGAACACCCUUCAGGAUGACAACACUGAGCCUGCAGCCAACGGUACAAGUGGAAAACCUUUAAACCUUAACACUGAGACAAACGGACCAAACACUACUAAUGUGAUAACCUCUAGUUUACCAAACUCUACCAGUUCAGCGCAGACGAGUGAACCGUCCACAUGGCAUGUUUCCUCGGCUUCUAGUUGUGUUGGUGAGGGAGGAAGUGGCGCAGCAUGGGGAGAGAAGAGUGCCACCCCCCCAGAAGACCACAGUGCAGCUGACACUGUGAACACCUCUCUCACACAAGCAGGGCUGAGUGCCCCUGCUUCUUGCAGGAGCAGUGAUAACGCUAAUAGGGGGUGGGAGUCUGGACCUAAGUCUUCUCCAAGUUUGUCCUGGUCAGCAGGCAGUGCUGCAACCCAACAUCCCUGGGGAAGUGUCUCAUCGUCGUCCUCAACAUCUGUCACGUCACAUGCUGGCGGAAGGUCCUCGAACAGCGAGUGGACAUCCCUCCCCAGUGCUGGGCUGUGCGAAGGUGAUAACGGCACCGGGAAGCAAACGAGCGCCUGGAGGUCAUUGGAAGAUGAUGCUUUGGGCAGAGGGGGGGCCGCAUCCCACAGUAGCAGCUCAGCUAGCACCUGGCCCAGGCCUGUGGAGGCAAGUGAAGGUAGCAGUGAGAGCAGCGUAGGCAGCCGCACAGAGAGAGACACGCACCGCAGCAUUCGUAAGAAGGGGAGCAGCCCAUCGGGACUGGUGCAGAGCAUGCUUUCAAGGGGAGAUAUUGACCCCCGUGUCCUGUCUAACACAGGCUGGGGCCAGACCCCAAUUCGACAGGACAAUGCUUGGGAUUUGGCUGCUUUACAGACUCGCACAAAGCCAGAGAUCAGUACAGGAGCCAAAGGAACCAAAGGCUCCAGUGCACAGGAUAGCUGGGGGGAUGCGCUGACUGCAUCAGGAUCAGUUAAAAAUGGCCAGGCUGUGGGGUCCAAUAAGGGGGAUUGCUCUUGGAGCAACGGGCAAAAAUCAAAGCAAGGAUGGGUGCCUCCUGCUGGGGGUGAGGAAUGGGCUGGGGUUGGCCACUGGGUUGAACCCCAGAAGCCAGGUUCCGGCAGCUGGGAGAGCGACAGUGACCGCUCGGGGUCUGGCUGGAGCGAGGCAGGCCAUGGCAGCACUGGCAGUACCUGGGACGGCAGCAGCGAGGGGCGCGCCCCCAGCAGAAGUGACGGUGUGUCUGUGUGGAGCGAUGCCACUAAAUUUGAUAAUGGCCAGCAUAAAGGUGGCGUGGAGAAUGGGAAUCCUAAACAGUCUACCCAGUGCUGGGGGGAGGACACGGCCUCCUGCAGUUCUGCAGAAUGGUGUAGGAUGCAGGAUUCUUCAGGGGUCCAGAGCAAAGCCUCAGGGUGGUUGGGGGGACCCAUGCCAUCACCACCUAGAGAGAAUGAGCCCACAGGCUGGGAGGAGCCCUCGCCUGAGUCUAUCCGCCGCAAGAUGGAGAUUGAUGAUGGCACCUCUGCCUGGGGCGACCCCAGCAAGUACAACAGUGGCAAUGUAAACAUGUGGAACGCAAGCAGUGGUCUUAAUACGGCGCUGCCCAAAGCCCAGCCUCAGCACACUGCACCGGCAGCAGAGAUUGCUCCACCCCCCUGCUCUUUAUCCAGCAAAGCAAAGUCCUCCAGCUCAAGUUGGGGGGAACCAUACGAAACAGCACAGAAAUGCGAGUCCUCGUGGGUUGUUCCGGUCACCAUUGACAACGGCACCUCGGCAUGGGGUAAGCCAGUAGACACGGGUGCGAGCUGGGAAGAGCCUGCAUCUUGCGGAUGGGCAGGUCCAAAACCUGCGCAAGACACCUGGGGGGGUGAGGGACUUCCUGCCCCUGGUGCCCAUCCCCCAAGUUGGGAGCCAGAGGAGGAGGUGGAAAUUGGGAUGUGGAGCAAUAACACUUCAGCUGAGAUGAGUCAGACUGGCAGUUGGUCAGGCACAAAGAAGGCUGGUCCAAAGUACAACAAAGGAACGAAUAAGCCAGAUGACACUUGGAUGAAUCAGUUUUCAAAACAAUUCAACGACAUAAAUUUCACAAGAGAGCCUUCUGAGGAGGCCAUGAGAAGCAACAGGAUGGAGAUAGCAGGUGGAGUGCUGGCCGACAAGCAUAUGGAUGUUGAGAAGCACGGACAGAGCCUGGAGUACAAUGGCAUGAUGAGGAAAGGGGUUGGGACACGGCAGCAGAUGGCCAAAGAUGAUCGCAGCCCCUACUUUGACAAGAACAUGAGCCCUGUGUUUGGGGGUGGAAAUACAGCUCUGCCUGGGAGGGCCUCCCAGCAGCUUCCCUCUCAGCCCAACCUGCGCAGUCAAGUGCCUCCUCUGCUUCCCUCUCAGGUCCCAGCAUCCUUACUGAAGUAUCCCCCUGCCAGUGGUGGUCUUGGCCCUCUGUUGGCACCCCAGCAGAUGGCCAUGCUCAGCCAACUUAGCCAACUCAGCCAACUCAACCAACUCAACCAACUUAGCCAGCUGCAGCGCCUCCUACUGCAGCAGCAGAAGAUCCAGCAGCAGCAGAGAAACAUGACUGUAGGGAGUCGUCAGCAGCCAGAUCUGCAGGGUCGGUCUGUAGGCUCUAAUGUUCAGCCAUUAACAGCACCUUCGCGACACCUCGACCCCCCUCAGCCCAAAAGGCAGAGUUCUCCACUGCCUCCGUCAGCACUAGCCUCCUACAUGGAGACAUUGGUGCCCCAGGCAGGGUCUGAGCCGUCUAGAGAGCAGCACACACUUGGAGCAUUUUCCAGUUUCCCCCUGGGCAGCUACCCCAUCCACAGUGGCCUGAGGCAGGCUGAGGCCCUGCUGCAGCAGGCUGUCAAACCCCCUACUCCAAUGCUCACAUCGGAUGGCCACAGCCUCUUGAACAAUGGUCUUGCAUGCCCCGAGUCACCUAUCCAGCCUCGGACACGAAGGCCGCUCACCACCCUUGACACUACUACAGCAUCUGCCCGAGGCCUGAGCUCCAGCUUGAAUGUCAAUAAUCUGGAUAUCAACUUUAAGGAGCCACAGAGUCGGCUGAAGAAGUGGACAGCAUUGGAUAUGUCCGUCAGCUCCCCUCUAGAUCCAACCCCUGGCAAACCUGGUGCACUCUCCUCUGGGCUCAGACUGGAGGACCCUGCUUUUAUUUCGUACGACUUCCGCAACGGCAGCAGUUCCCCUGUCAGCCCACCUGGUUCAGUGGGGGACAGCUGGUCCACCCGUGCCAAAUCUCCCCAUGGUAUCAGUCAGGCCAGCUGGCCACCAGAAUUUCGGCCCGGUGAGCCCUGGAAAGGCUAUCCAAACAUUGACCCUGAAACUGACCCGUACGUCACUCCCGGCAGCGUGAUGAACAUUCUCUCCAUCAAUACUGUCCGGGACGUUGAACACCUCAGGGACAGAAACAAUGGGUCAACCUCCUCUCUUAACACCACGCUGCCUUCAACUAGUGCCUGGUCAUCCAUUCGUGCCUACAGCAGUUCUCUCAGCAGCACAGCACAAAGCAUUUCAGCCAGAAGCGGUGACUCCAAGUCUGCCUGGUCAUCUGGAGCUGGCGCCAACUCCUCUCUGGCCCAUGAGCUGUGGAAGGUCCCGCUGCCCUCCAGGAGUGUCUCCACUCCAUCCCGACCACCACCUGGCCUCACAGGCCAGAAGCAGCCUGCCCCCUGGGAUGACGGCCCUCUGCGUCUUGGGACUUGGGGGGGCUCCGACUCUAGGUUCACACCUGGUUCCAAUUGGAGUGACAGCAACUCAGGAAGGGCAGCCACCAACUGGCUUGUUCUGAAAAAUCUCACCCCUCAGAUUGACGGCUCCACCCUGAGGACCCUGUGCAUGCAGCAUGGCCCCCUCAUGACAUUCCACCUGAACUUGCCUCACGGCAAUGCAGUCGUCUGCUACAGUUCGAAGGAGGAAGCCGCCAAGGCACAGACAUCUCUGCACAUGUGCGUUUUAGGGAACACUACCAUUCUUGCUGAGGUUGCCGGUGAGGAGGAGGUCAGCCGUUUCUUUGCACAAGGCCAGUCGUCAGUGACCACUUCACCAGGCUGGCAGGCCCUCGGCGUCCCCCCAGGCCGUGGUAGUUCCAUGGACGGCAGUCAUCCCUAUCCCGGACACUGGAGCGGUGCUGGGGAUCUGCAGGCCUCCCCCCUCUGGGGGGCUCCCAACUAUUCCACGAGCCUGUGGGGGAACCCUGGGGGCGGGGAGAGCCGGGGCAUGGCCAGCUCCUCCCCACUUGCAUCCUUCCUCCCUGACCACUUGACGGGAGGUGGGGACGGGAUGUAAGGCAGCUCACACCUUCCAGCUCCAGAACUGUGACCUCAGUGUGUAACAAGUAAUAACCAUAACAAUAACGUUAAAGGUGUGAUGUGAAGAACACGAAUGGCACUAGUGGAACUGCCCCAUCCCCCAAGGAGCUGCCCUGCCGUUGCACACGCUGGGGCCAUCCUGUGGAAACCAGUUACGCUUUUCUACCCAGCUUAACACAUUUGUUUUAGCCCAAAACAUAUCAGUUUGAAUACUUGAAUCAUGCAGGCCAAUAUUAUAAAUGUGAAAGGAUAUAUUUACACUUCCAGGCAGUGCUCUUCAUACAGACGAAUAUGCUUCAAACAAGCUCAAUUAAUGUUUAUUUGAAUUCCAUUUACUUAUUUUUUAGUUUGCUGAUGCUGGUGGAGAAUGAGCUUUCAACUUUGCACUGAAUUUUUUUUUUUUUUUUUUCCUCAGUAUAAUCUGCAAUAUGGAGGGAGCCAGAUGUUCCCACUUAGUCGUUUACUCAAGGAUGUUCUUAGUGUACAUGCUCUACUAUGCCUUGACAUACACCCUACCUUACCAUGGUAUUGUGGAGUUUCGCGAUCAAGAUACAAAUGCUGACAUAGGAUGAUGUCUGAUGUUGAGGAGAGUAAGUAUUGCACCAGUUUUGUGUUGGAAGACUAAAGGGUUGAGCCCUGCGGUGUGAGCUGUAGCCACAGGCGUGACUCGGAGAGCUGCUCCGCCAGUCUGAGGCGCAACAGCACUUUCACAAAGGCUUUCAGUUUGGUUUGGAGGACCUUUUUGAGGGGCCCUCUUGUUUACAGACUUAGAGGGAAAGUGUUUGCUCUUCCUUCAUUUUGAAAUGCAUAAAAUACAAAAAAAAACCCCAAAAAGUGAGGGGGGGGGAAAAAAAAAACAAAAA